CAAUUAGCCUCCCCGAACCUAUGGUCUGUCUGAAUGUGGGGGGCAAAGAAGUUUCUUUCCUUGUAGAUACAGGAGCAACCCGUUCAGUAUUAACUCAACCUUUGGGACAUAUUUCUUCUCAAUCUAUCAACAUUCAAGGGGCAACAGGAAAACCACAAACCCAGCCACUUUUAGAGCCUCUAUUAUGCACGGCGGGAGGAAAAAUGUUGACUCACCAGUUCGUAUAUUUGCCCAGCUGCCCGCUUCCACUCAUGGGUAGAGAUUUACUUUGCAAACUUCGAGCACAGAUAUUUUUUGAUGAAAAGGGAUCCGUAGGAGUAAGAUAUGGAAAUGUGAAUUUAGAAAUUCCUCGGGAAGAGGCUUGGAGAAUCAUGGUGGUGCAGGAAGUCUCAGGAGACAAAUGGAGGGAGUUCCGGGUUCCUGAGCUGUGGGCGGAAGAUAACCCCCCUGGUUUUGCUGCUCACCACACCCCUGUCAUUGUUGAGGAACUACCAAUGAGUCGUCCUGUAUGCAUCCGCCAGAGGGGGUACCCAAGAGAAAUUGUGCAGGCUAUUCAGGAAGUCAUACAACUGUAUCUGACUUAUAAGAUUCUGGUGCCCACUGACUCACCAUGGAAUUCCCCGAUUCUACCUAUACCAAAAGGGGGAGGAAAAUAUAGAAUGGCUCAGGAUCUUCGUAGGGUUAAUAGUUCAACAGUCACAAUUUAUCCUACGUUGCCAAAUCCUUAUGUGUUACUUGGACUGAUUCCACCAGAAGCUAAAUGGUUUUCAGUUAUUGAUUUAAAAGAUGCUUUCUUUUCUAUACCCAUUCAUAAAAAGAGUCAGCACUUGUUUGCCUUUGAAUGGGAAAAUCCGACAACAGGAAGGAAACAACAAUAUACUUGGACACGCCUCCCACAGGGGUAUAAAAAUUCGCCAACGCACUUCAGCGCGGCGUUAGCGACGGACUUGGAAAUUCUAGAUUUGCCCGCUCCUGAUGUUGUGCUACAAUAUGUGGAUGAUCUUUUGGUGACAGGACAAACAGAAGAGGUUUGUCAUGCCAAUACUGCAUCCCUUCUACUUCUGUUACAAGAAAAAGGCUAUAAAGCUUCUAGGGCCAAAGCACAAUUGGUCCAGUUGAAUGUUAGGUAUUUGGGAUAUGAUAUCCAGCAAGGGCAAAGAACUUUGGGACAUGAAAGAAAGGAAGCCAUUUGUCAAUUACCAGCCCCAAGAAAUAGGAAGGAAUUAAGAGGCUUUUUAGGGGCAGCGGGAUUUUGCCGCAUUUGGAUUCCUAACUUCGCCUUGUUAGCAAAGCCACUUUAUGAAGCUACAAAAGGAAAUGAAAAGGAACCUUUGCGAUGGGAAAAAGAGGAACAGAAAAGUUUUUUAAACUUGAAACAUGCUUUGACUCAAGCCCCGAGUCUGGGACUGCCUAAUUUAGAUAAACCUUUUCAUUUAUUUGUGGACACUAAACAGAAUAUGGCUGUGGGGGUGUUAACUCAGAAGAUGGGAACGUGGUAUCGACCAGUUGCAUAUUUGUCAAAACAAUUGGAUCAGGUAGCAAAAGGGUGGCCCUCUUGUCUUAAGGCUGUAGCAGGCACAGCUUUACUUACUCAGGAAGCAAAUAAACUUACUUUUGGACAGCAAUUGAAUAUCUACACCCCCCAUGCUCUUCGGGCUGUUCUGGAUCAGAAAGGCCAUUUAUGGCUUACCAAUCCACGUAUGUUGAAGUAUCAGGGGCUUAUUACCCAUAACCCCCUCAUAAAACUUGUUCAGUCAUAUGCUUUGAAUCCUGCCACUCUAUUACCUGAACCAGACUCUGAGAUCUCUCAUGAUUGUCUGCAAACUAUUGAGGAAACCUAUGCAAGUCGUCCAGAUUUGAAGGAUGAACCCUUUUCCGACCCAGAUGCAACUCUUUUUACUGAUGGAACCAGUUUUAUCCAUGAAGGUGUAAGAAAAGCAGCUUAUGCAAUAGUUACUCUUGAGGAUGUAUGGGAAGCUAAGCCCUUACCUACAGGAACUAGUGCUCAGUUGGCAGAAUUACAUGCACUCACUAGGGCAUUAGAAUUAGCAAAAGGUCUACGUGUCAACAUUUACACAGAUUCAAAGUAUGCCUUUCUUACAGUUCAAGUGCAUGGAGCUUUGUACAAAGAAAGAGGUCUUAUCACAGCAGGAGGAAAAGACAUUAAAUAUGGACCCCAAAUUUUGCGUCUAUUGGACAGUGUGUGGUUCCCCAAACAAGUUGCCAUUAUGCAUGUACGAGGUCAUCAGAAGGGGAUUUCAACAGCUGAAAGAGGAAACCACAAGGCUGACCAGGUGGCAAGAGCAGCAGCUUUGGAUCCAUUCUCCCUGCAAGCUAACUGUCUUACUUUGUGGAUCCCGAACCAGAAAGAUGAACCCCCCCCAUAUAGCCACUCAGAAGUCCAGCAAGCUGAAGCUAUAGGGGCAAAACUAGUGAAUGGGUGGUGGACUCUGCCGGACAACAGGGUGUUUGUACCUCAGCAGUUAGCAUGGGAGGUUGUUUCUUCCUUGCAUAGGCAUUUACAUCUAGGGAAGACAGUUUUGAGAAAGGCUUUGACAAGGGAAGUCUAUAUUAACAAUUUGUCUAGUCUAGCAGCUGCUGUUUGUUCUCGAUGUCAGGUGUGUGCUGCUAAUAACCCACGUCAGGGCCCGAGUCUUCCCCCUGGGCACCAACCUAGGGGGGCUUAUCCUUUUGAUUAUUUAAUGAUUGACUUUACAGACAUGCCGAAAGUGGGAUCGUAUACGGCUAUGUUAGUUGUUGUUUGCACAUACACGGGGUGGCCUGAAUGUGUUCCCACUAGAACGAAAAAAGCUUUGGAGGUAACCCGAACUCUAUUAAAUGUAGUUAUUCCACGAUAUGGGUUGCCCUCACGUAUCUCUUCAGAUAAUGGGCCUGAGUUCAUUCAUGCAGCCACUCAGAAGGUUGCCCAGGUAGCUGAAAUUAAGCCUUGGAUCCAUUGGACACGCCUGAAAUUGGCUGCAUCCUCGUGGGGGAAUGAGAUUAGUGGGAGUACCUCGCAGCCACCAUAUGUGAGGGAGGAGAGCACCCAACAAACACCAGGUGUCAGGGCCCUCACGGUGAAAAAUGACUCCCCUGUAAAGAGACCAUACCCAGAGCCCUAUCCAGAAAGGACAAGGACUCGGGGUAAGCGGACAUCCCUUGAUUUUGGUUUGGACAUGAAAUAUGACAUAACGAAUGAUCAGCUUCCGAUCAUGGAACUUACUGAAUAUGAGAAAUCAGAUACAUGGAGUUCAGAGAGAAUUGUAUGCACAUAUGGAAGAGCCACAUGGGCUGAAGAUGGGUCUUGGGGAUACCGCACCCCGAUUUACAUGAUAAACAGGAUCAUGAGGUUACAGGCCGUGUUGGACCUGGCUGGGGAGAGAAUUGACAAAUCCUUGAAUAUUCUCUCCACUGCCACGGACAAACUUCGUACUGCAGUAUAUCAAAAUCGAUUGGCUCUCGAUUACCUCCUCGCAAGAGAAGGCAGUACUUUAUCUCUCAUGGUGGAAAAACGGGCUACUGCCAAGGUCCUAACGCUGAUGGGACACACAGGAGAGGAACAUGAAUAUGUGGGGCUUAUAAGCAAUAGGGAGCCUGAUACUUAUGAAACUCCACAAUAA